UUUAUCAGUAGUUAAAUUUCUAAACCGAUCGAAUGUUCGUCCGUUUCGUACUUUGAAAUUUGAACGUACACAUUAAACAGGCAUUGUGUAUUUCAGGUCGAAAAAUAGAUUCAGAUUUAAAAAAAUGAGUCUUCUUUCUUUGCCUAACGAAGUUUUAAUAUGUUACAUAUUUUCACUGGAUACUAUUUCCAUAUCUGACUUGCAAAGUCUUAUGGUUUCAUGUCGGCCUUUAUACAAUAUUAUUCGAGAAUCAGAUGAGCUAUGGAGGCUCAAGUUCAUUCAAAGGUGGGGCAAUUUUCUUUCGCAGACUCCCAAUUGCUAUGAAAAUGUUUGGUUUGAGUGGACAACUAUGAGAUUAAAGAAAGCAAAAGAAGUUCAAAAAGCUGUUCAAAACAUGUCCUCUGUAGCUUAUCCAUUGGGUCAAUCUCCCCUCAUUGUGAUCAACAAGUUGAUUGCGGAGUCAUAUCCCAUUCCCAUUUCUGAAUAUGUCCAGAAUGAACUUGAAGAAAUCAUCUAUGACAAGAAAAUAAGACAAAAUAAAACCACACUUCACUAUGCCAAAGAUGUAUUAGUCAAAGUGAGGAUGUCUAUACUGGACAAAAAGUGGAGAGAUUUUAUGGCCCAACCAGAAUCUCGAAAGUCUCUGUUUGAGGGAGUUGCACUUCUUUCACAGUGGUCAACAUUGGGACAUGGAAAAGGACAAACUUGUUUGAAAGACCUGGAAAGCUCAGUUGAAAAAAUAACUGAUAGAGUGAAACAACUGCUGGAAUUGGAAGUGGGAAAAGUAUCAUGUGCUAGCACUGAUGAUCCAAAGAAGAAAAAUCUUAAAAUUUUGGAUUCCAUAAACCAAGUUAUGUUCAAUGAAUUGGGUUUUAAAAAAUUUCCAGAUUUUUAUACUGAUCGCAGACUCUAUAGUAAUUUUCAACAGGCGUUUGAAAGAAAGGAAGGUUGUCCAGCAGUUUUGUGUGCCAUCUAUCAGGAAGUGGCUUGGAAAAUGGGCAUUCUUUGUGAGGCGGUUUAUUGUAACAAGAAUGAUAGAGAAAAUAAUCUCCCGAAUUUCAUUAUUAUGAACCGUCCUCUUCUUCUUCUUAGAUGGAAGGAUUCAGCCGGGUCAGAGGACGAUAGUAUUUAUAUUGACGUCUUUCGUGGAGGGUAUUUAAACCAGUCAAGUUUGUAUCCAUCCCUCAGAGAACAACCAGCAGUGUCAGUCGACUCGGUUUUGUUUAGAAUGCAAGAAGUUUUAACGUAUUUUAGAAGGCACCAAUAUGAUGAAAUAUAUGGGCUGGAAAGGAUGAGAGACAAUUUGUCAUUCUAUGUACGAUUGGGGUGCUCCAUGUCGCCCCAAGACCCAAACAGAAUCACGCGCUACGCAGAACACUGUAUCCGUUUGGGCAUCCAAUUAGACGAUGCAAUCCAACUACUUCAAAAUUAUUUUCAGUCUCCAGAAUUUAAACCUUUUAUUGGUUAUUAUUCUCGGAGUCCAUCGAAAAUGUUAGAGGAAUGUAUCAGUAAGCUCAACGAACAAAAAGCUGAAAUCGCUGCAGCGAAAACUGUUCAUCAUCGGCCGUCCUCGUUAAAAUUUUCAGUUGGUCUCGUUGUGAUUUGCAAUUACAAAAAAUGGGGAAGAAACUGUAGGAAGCCUUGCGUUAUUGUGUCUUGGAAUGUGAAGUUUCAAGAAUCGAAUGAAUGGAAAUCCAAGGCGACAAGCUAUUCCUUUAGUAAUAAUUCGGACGAAGAAAGCCAAGAUCAGCCGCACUAUCAUAUCUUGAUGGUUGAUAGUGAUGAAUCUAACCCCCAUUUUCAAUUAAACGUUCCUGAAGAAACCUUGGAGCUCCUUCCUGCGGCUGUUCCCAUCGAGCAUGAUAAAAUUUGGGUUCAUUUUGAGAGAUUCGACGGCCGUAGGUACUUGCCGAAUGCGGAGAAAAGAGCCCAGUUUCCCGAGGAUGAAGCAGUCACCUUAUCAUUGAUUGGAUAACUCAAACUGGUCAAUAUUUCUUUCUUUUUUUUAAUGGGUUUUACGGACUGUUCACUUUUAUUUCUUGAUUUUUUUCUCUUAUAACUUGGAAGCUUCUUUUUGUUGUGAAAGUUGAACGUCGUCGGCUUGAAAGUUCCGUAAAACUUAAAUUCCGUUAAAUUAAACUUUUUGUGUCGAAGAA